UUGCUUGCGUGGGCAAACACACCCCCCGCUUAAAAAGUGGGCGAGGGGAGGAAGAGUGGACUCAUUUGUACGUUUUGACACGGUUGGAAGAAAGAACCGGUCCAAGGAGGUUAACGGGUUUUUUCCGCGGCUUCGCUCGGUGACGUCGAAGACGACGCGGAGUCGUUCGGUCCGUCGCCCGCUUUUCGACGCGCUCGUGAAUGUAGGGAAAUGACCGCGAGUGACCUCGAAGCGACUGCUGUGUUGUUUUCAAACGAUUAGCAUCGCCAGUGCGUUAUAUCUUAAAACAAUAACAUGCACCCGUGAUAAAGGUUUUGACCUGUAGGAGGGGUUCGGUUGGGUUCAUUUGAGAGGACGGAACGGCUGUCACUACGGGGCUGGCUCAGGCUAAUUUAGAUCCCGUGUUAGCUUCGCCGCCAUUCAAUUGCUUAGCCGAAGCUAAGCUAAUUUAGCGCUUGCGCCUAGCUUCCCGGCACCCGUAGAUGCUUCAGCGAAACUAGGCCAGUUUCUCCGGUUUUUAGCGAUUCUCUUCCCCCUUGUAGAGGCUAGACUGGCGUAGCUAUCGUUGCUGCUAUGGAUAAAGCAAAAUCAGUGAUGGACAAAAAGGGGGCGUCGGGACCUUUUUGCGUCAGCAACGGCCCGAGUCAGAGGAGCUACAACGGGCACAUCAACGGUUGCGGCAGCGGCGCGCUCGCAUUGCCCAACAGCAGCAGCAGCAGCGGCGGCAGCAGCAGCGGCCAGUAUGACAACAAUCGCCAUAUGCACCGAGGGGAGAAUGUGGAGUGCAACGGCUCGCCGGCCAAGAAGAGCAGGCUACGGAGAAGGACCGAGUCGAUGAGGCGGCACAGACCCCCGUUCCCAUGGUUCGGGAUGGACAUCGGCGGCACGCUGGUCAAGAUGGUCUAUUUUGAGCCGGUGGACAUCACAGCGGAAGAAGAGCAGGAGGAGGUGGAGAACCUCAAGUCCAUCCGCAAAUACCUUACCUCAAACGUGGCCUAUGGCAAGACAGGCGUGCGCGACGUCCACCUGGAGUUGCGCAACCUAACCAUGUGCGGCCGCACGGGCAACCUGCACUUCAUCCGCUUCCCCACGCAGGCCAUGCCGCUCUUCAUCCAGAUGGGCCGCGACAAGAACUUUUCCAGUUUGCACACCACGCUCUGCGCCACCGGCGGCGGCGCCUACAAGUUUGAGGAGGACUUCCGCUCCAUGGCCAACCUGGAGCUACUGAAGCUGGACGAGCUGGACUGCCUGAUCCGCGGGCUGCUGUUCAUGGAUCGGGUGGGCUUCAACGGUCACCCGGAGUGCUACUACUUCCACAACCCCUCGGACACGGAGAGCUGCGUCAAGCAGCAGUGCACGCUGGACAACCCUUUCCCCAUGCUGCUGGUCAACAUCGGCUCCGGCGUCUCCAUCCUGGCCGUCUACUCCGAGGAUGACUACAAGCGUGUCACCGGGACCAGUCUGGGAGGUGGUACAUUCCUCGGCCUUUGCUGCCUGCUGACGGGCUGCGAGACGUUUGAGGAAGCUCUGGAGAUGGCGAGCAAGGGCGACUCCACCAACGUGGACAAGUUGGUCAAGGACAUCUACGGCGGCGACUACGAGCGCUUUGGCUUGCAGGGCUCGGCUGUGGCGUCCAGUUUCGGUCACAUGAUGGGCAAAGAGAAGCGCGACACCAUCAGCAAGGAAGACCUGGCGCGGGCCACGUUGGUCACCAUCACCAAUAACAUCGGCUCCAUCGCGCGCAUGUGCGCCGUCAAUGAGAAAAUCGAGCGUGUGGUGUUUGUGGGCAACUUCCUCCGCAUCAACACGGUGUCCACCAAACUGUUGGCCUACGCUAUGGACUUCUGGUCCAAAGGACAGCUGCGAGCGCUCUUCCUAGAGCACGAGGGUUACUUCGGAGCCGUCGGUGCGUUGAUGGAGCUUCUUAAGACAACCGAAGACCCAUGAGUGGCCUCUCGCCCUCCAAUGCUGUGAUGUCAUCAACUCUGGAAAAGCUGCGAACGCCGCAGAGGCUGCUAAAGGAAUUAUUACUACAAGACACGACGAGAAAGCAAGAGGAACUGGGGAAAAGCCAUCGGGUGAUCGUAUGUACAUAGCCUUCAAAGCGUAGAGGUUGUAAUCACUAAUUUAUGCUAAUUGACUUCUUGCCUGAGUUUUUGAUGAUGAGCUACUGUAGCAUCUGCCCCCCUGAAGAGGGAGCGUCUAUUUAUGAUGAGGAACUCAAACAGAGGAUUAGCCAAAAUGUGGCUAAGAUCAUGCAAAGGUUGCCCCUCUGUGGUCAAAUAGGAACGUCAUUGCCGAAGGCCUUUUUGCUUUUUGUUUCGCUUUGUGGCUCCCUGUGUGGACCAACCUUAUGUCUUCUUCCGAGCUACGCUUCAGGUAGCAUCUCUUCCGCAUGUCUUCGCCUUGUUUAUCGGCCGUUUCUCGCCACCCACUCGGACCAAGACAUAGCUGUCCAUGUCCUAAUAUUUAUAGACCUGUCGCCAAACCAAUGUCCAGCAGUUAACAAAACGGUCAAGCCAAUGAGAAUGGGAACACGAGCAGGAAGCAGAAAGCCUGCCAAAGUAAAUAAUAGUAACCAUGGCCUUCUGCAUCCAUGCUAAAGGUGCAGCUAACGAUUGAGCAGCUCACACAAAUUGCUAACCAAGUAGCUAAAGGUUUGGUCAGUAAUCCUGUUAAAGCGACUGCAAUGGGAACAAAACCAGGAAGUAAACAACACUAAACAUGGCCUUCAGUGUCCACUUGACCCGAAAUGCUAAAAGUGGACCAUCUCAAGCUCCUCUGCCACUUUCUUACGCCUUCUGUCACGGUUCUUUGUGCUAUCUACCCUUUUGUUAAAUACUUAGAAUUUUAAAUUAGCUCAAGAAUUGUUUUUUUAUCAAAUUGUUUCCCUCCCAGGUGGUUGAUUUGGUCAGGUCUGAAUCCAAGAAAUGAACAGUUUUGCGGAACUCCGCUAAAGAAAUAACUCAUCAACCAUUUUCCUUACACCUUCUGUCUUCUCUGUGCCACCUCAGCCAAAUACUUCUGUAAUGUCUCUUGACAACACAUUCUAGCGUAAAUUUUUAGCAUUUGCGUUUAGCAUUAGCACUUGCAUUUGUUUUCGUCAAACUGUAGUUCUUACCCCCACUGGUAUAGUUCAUUGGUCUUGUAAGACUCUUAUGAUGAGCCAAAAUUUUGUAAUAAUGACAGCAGUAGUUAGCAUUAGCAUAGCAUCUUUGGCAGGUCAAGACGUACCUUUAAAAAUGCACCCGGCUAACUUGACGGUACUCCACGGCCUUGCUUGAUUUUCCAAUUUCAGUUUGUUAGCGCUAGUGGAACGUCUAAAAGGUUUCACACCUGUUAACCAUCAGCCAGAAACUGAAAAAAAACUGAAAAAAGAACUAACCAACAGAUUCUCUUCACUGCUUUUUACUCUUUUUUUGUUUUUUUGCGGUACUGGUUGCCUUGGUGGCACUUGAGCGUGUCCUCGAACCCCGAGCCCUUAACACCGUCUGUUUGCAUCCAUGCCUUCAUGUUGUAACCUCAUACGUGUUCCACACGUUGUUUUUCACUUCAGUGUCUUUUGCUGUUGCACACCGAGAGUCCUCGAAACCGUUUGUAGCAGAGCCGUAACAGACAAACGUUGGCAACCUAACCUUUUUACUCAAUCUCAUCUGUUACGGCUCUGACGCUAACUCCGACGUGUAUGCAAUCGUUGUCGGGCGGUGACAAUUGCUUUCAAGACGGUGUGAAAAGUGAGUCAGGUCUUCCCACCCCGGUCCCACCGCCUUCCCGGCCUUACCUUUUUACGCAAUCUCGCCUUUGUUACGGCUCUGAUACUACCUCCAAAGCCGGAAUAUUGCCGAAUAGUUGUUUCCCUUCAUUCCAUGUCAGUGCUGUAAGCCCCACUCUUGUUACGCAGUGGUACUAAAAUUUGAAAAACCUCAACAUUCAUCGGAUACUGUACAUACAACUGGAUUGUUUUAUUGGAUUGUUCUUGUUAUUAAUAUUUAAUUGUUUGUUUGUUUUCAUGUUGGUUUACAAGUUCUGUAAUGACUGCGAGCAUGUGGUGCAUCUGAACCGCAAAAUGUCUUCCCAGGCGGCCAUUUUGUGGUUAAAAACACCAAGUACACUACAGAUUAUUUAUGGUUAAUAUAUAAUGUAAAACUCACAGGGUUUUUCCUAGCUCAAAUUGAGGCUGAGGUGGUCCCACUCUGAUCAAUUAUUUACAUUUAUUUUUAUUUUUAACAUUUCUUUAAACACACCACCUGCCUUCAUAGAUACUUCAAAUACUUGUGCGUAUUUUCUUAGACACAUUGGCAGUAGGCAAGAAAAUUAUUUUAGCAGUAUUUCUGAUAUGUAAUAAUUUCAUUUAUAAAAAAAUGGUGGUUGGUGAAUAGUUAGUUUUCAUGAUGUUAGUGCCCCAAAUUAGCAGAUGGACACCUCAAAAUUUUGUGCUGGAAAAAUCCUGAAUUUAAGGUACAACUUAUACAAUCUCUUGAUGAUUUAAUGUUAAAUAAUAACGCUAACAAAUUAUUUAAUUAGUUUUUAGUGUUUCUUUUCCUAUCAAACCUUAAGAUCUGUGAUUAUUUGUGUUAGCAACAAUGCUAACUCAAAAAAGUGCUGGGACCAUGCCUAUAUUACAAGAAUAACUUUUGCCCAUGCGCUACUUGGCUAUGCAGUUAGCAUCCUAAUAUAUGGAAGCAGUCUGAGCAUUUAUUCGAUAAACUUGAUAUCCAUUUAAGGUCCAUGUACUUUGACCUAUGCUAAAAAAUCGCCAGUUGGAUAUGCAAACCUGACAGUAAAAAGAGAGAACUCCUCCUCCUUUUGUCUGGUCCUGCUGAUUUUGAAUUGUUUGCUAUUUGAGGCGUUUUUUUACCCAUUUAACACCAGUUAGAGUGGACAAAUGUUUCACGAUGAGCACUUUGUAUCUGGGUCGACCUCGCUUGUUGUGACUUUAUUGCCUGUUGCACAACUUGAGAAAGAUUUUACUUUUUUUUUUUUUUUUUUUUCCUUGUUGGUUGUCAUAAAAACAUCCUGUUGACCAGUCCAAGCCUUUAAACUAGUGAUACGGAGGAGAAAACGUUCAUUUAAAUGAUUGUCUGAAAUGCUUGAUAUGUUUAAUUCGUUGUGUAUGUGUAUAUAUAGACAAAAGAUUUUUUGUUGUUGUUGUAAAUAUGAAUAAUAAUGAUCUAUCCGACACCAGCAAUUUUUCUCUCAUUUUAGCUAGGCAAGCUUUCACAUACAUCGUCUGUAUUGUAAUACAAGUGAUAGAGACACGAAUUGACAAUCGUGAAAAAAACAUCAGCGAUACGAGCAAUGUCUCUGGAAGUAUGACGAUAUCCUACGAUUAUUUCAACGAUACAAAUCGGUAUCACGAUACAUAAUUUAUAUGAUUGGGGGGAAAAAGCGUAUAAUAAGUCAUGGCAGACAAUAGGAGUUACAAGGGAAAAUGCAUGAUAUUUUUACUCACUGUUCAAAUUGUGUCAAAUACGGUGAUUGCACGAGAAAUUCAUCGUAAGAAAACUACAUAAGAUUGAUUGUGUGUAUAUAUAUGGAUCCAUAUAAAAAUACCAGUGUGAUAUAAUGGAAGAAAACUAAUUACUAAAAAUGAAAUCUUAUCGUUACAACUAAUGAAAACGCGACAAUUUUGUUGCAGUAAAAUCAGUCGUUUCACGAUACAGCUCCACACAAAUUCAAUUUUAGCAUUUAUUUUGGGUAAUGUAGAUUUGACAUGCUUGUGAAAGCUGCCGCUGGUUGUUUCGUCAUUUCUUCUGCUUUUAACACAAAAAAAGAAAGAAAGAAAGAAAGAAACUAUGCGAUGUGCAAUGCGUAUGUAAUGGUGUGAAUAACACUUUUUCUCAAAAGGAAUAAAAGUGAAACUGGAUGAA